UCGGUUUGGACCAUGUCUCAGUGUUACGCUGCGGACAAGAAAAUAUAUCGGUCCUGCUCCACCUUUCACGCAUUUCAUCUCUCCCUCUCUGUAACCUCAGCAUCGGCCAACCUCUAGCUAUUGCUAUCCCUAUAAUUGUACGAUAACAUUACCAAACUUCGCUCGUUCUCUCUCUAGGCAUCUAUACGGCCCUUUUCUCACCCACACGCACAAACCCCUAAUACAAGAACCAUAUGUCAUAUCCCACUCAUGACCUCAUCAUCAAGAUCCCUAGCUUCUCGCUCCAUUUCUCUUCCAAGGUCCAGCAAUAAUAAGCUCAACCCUACCUGUUGCUAAUUUAGAACUGCAGCAACGUGCAAUGGCAACUACUAGCACAGCCCCCGAUCUGUCGCUCCAAAUCAGACCUCCUUUGCCACCCGAUGCUGGGCGGAGCAGUGGUGGCGGUGAAGAGUGCCACGAAACAGGGUUCUUCGCCAAGCCAAAGCUGUGCCUUGGACUUGAGAUGGCGCAGCAGGAUGGCCACUGCGACCUCCGGCAGCAACGGUUGCACCAACCUAGUCAGAUCCAGAGGUUGAAGAAAAGCUCAGGUGCCAGCAGCCCGGUGUUAUCUGGAGGCGCAACCAGAUCUGGGAAUGGCAGUAGCGGUGGAAAGAGGAGCUCCAGGGCUCCGAGGAUGCGGUGGACGACGGCGCUUCAUGCGCACUUUGCGCAUGCCGUAGAGCUCCUCGGCGGCCAUGAGAGAGCAACACCAAAGUCAGUGUUAGAGCUGAUGAACGUGAAGGAUCUCACGCUUGCUCAUGUUAAGAGCCACCUGCAGAUGUAUAGAACAGUCAAGGGCACGACGGCAAACAGAUCAUGCACUGCAGGCCAUGUCCAGAUGAGAGAUAUGGGCUUUCUGCAGAGAGGUUGUGAAGUGUAUGGCUUUGACGCGUUUAGCCACAGUACUUCCAAUGCUCCGGACAGUACUAGAAGGCUGCCAAUGGGGUCGCCGGCAGAGGAUGAGGCCGCCGGUUGGUGCUUGCGGCCGCCGUUCGCACAGGAAAGCGGGCUGCCGCUGCCGCUGACUUGCCCCUACCUCAUGUCUGCCCACCAUAACCGCUUCUUUUUACUCACACAGAAUCAGGGAUGGAGGAAAGGUGCACAGCAAGACGCUGUCUAUCGUGGCCUAAGGCAUGACGACAACGGACGGCGUCUUCCUGCUGCAGGCCAUGUUGAGACCGCCAGGAGAGCAUCGUGGAGCGCAGGUGUUGCCAACCGCUGGUCGUCGCCGGCGCCUUCGCCGUCGAACAGCAGGAGCAGCAUCAGAGAGCAAGCAUGGAUGAGUAAGCAGCAGCAGCAGGUGCCAUCAAGGGUACCGAACCUGGAGAUAAGCCUUGGGAGGCAGGGAUGGCAACAUAACAUGCAGGAUCAGCAGGAGCAGCGCAGCGGGGAGCGCACGGCGACCAAAGAGCUAACCCUUCUCAGGUGCUAACUGUGAAGUUGAUAGAGACUUACUUAAUCUUAAUCAGUUAGCUAAUGUCAUCGAGAAUUCAUGAGAGGUACAAGCAAAUGAUCGAUCGGUUUUAAUGCCAUGCUGGGCAGCAUAUGUUGCUACACUACAACAGAAACAAUCAUCUAAACCGCUACAUCAGUGCUGAUUCUAUCCUAACGAGCAUUGAUGAAGUAUUAG